GUGGCGACGAGCAGCGCGUCCCGGAAGUGCCGGCGGCGGGGCCGCGGCGAUGGAGCAGCUGUGGAGCCGGCGGCCGCGGGAGGUGUCGGGCCCCACGCCGCACUCCGUAGCGCUGAGAGCCAAGGGCCCUAAAUCGAAUAAAGCUGAAAGUUUCCUGUUGGCGUGCAGACGUAAAGAAGAGGAACGUCUUAAAUACUUGGAGUUUGCAAAGCUCCACAGCAAGGGACGUGAGAUCAGUCAGUGGGAGGAACACAAUGAAUGCAAAAGACUACACAGUACUGUACGGAAGAAGGUUGCUGAGACGAUGCAAGAGUACCUGGCAGGGACUGAGGAUAGGAGAGAGAGACUUCGUGAACUUCUGGAAGCAGAGGAAAAUAGCUAUUUUUCAGAGUUGGAGUCAUUGGAAGAAACUGUUCUUGAAAGACAAGCAAAAAUGAGAGAGAGACUAAAACUAUUGAGAGAGAAGCGAGAAGAAGAAAGGCAAAAAUUGGUUGCUGAAAAACGAGAGCAGCAGUUCAGGCCUACGAUGCACGUGUGGCCUAUACCAGGCUCCUACUCAUCUUCCCUUGAUGCUCUGGUGAAAGCAUCUGCCGGAGUCCCCACACCACCCCUCCAGGCUUCCCAGAGAGAACAAUGUGAGGAGUUUCGUUUACACUGGAGUCAAAGGCAUCAGAAGGAGGUGUGUGCAGACCGGCUGGCCCAGCUAGCACUUAAGGAGGAGUUGAAAAACCAAGAGAAGAAGGAGGAACAGAUGUUUGCAGAUCUCUGGGAAGAGGACAGGUUGGCCAAGGAAAAACGAGAGGCAGUAGAUAUCCAGAAACAAGCUGAACAGAAUCAAGAAAGGCUGAAUGUGCUUAAUGCCCAGGUAUCUGUUCUGAAUGCUCAGAAGGAGGCGGCUAAGCGACUGAAAGAAGAGGAGGCACGAUUACUGGAGGAAGAAAAGCAGCUGCUUAAGCUAGAGAAUGAGCGACUUCAGUUGGAAAAAUUGCAAAAACAGAAGGAAUGCAGAGACAUGUUGGUCAGUUCCAUACGAGAGAAGAUGAAGCGUCUUAAUCGAGAAAAACAAGAAGAACUUGCUCUUGACAUGAAGAUUUUAGAACAAGUUCUCCAAGAAUCCCAGGAAGACACUGAAGGAAAAAAGAAAAAAAAACAAGAACUAUUUAAGGAGCAGCAGAUUUAUCGGGAACAUCUAGCUGCACAACUGGAAGAGGAGAAGCGUCGGGAGAAGGAGAUGGACAAGCUGCUGGAGGAAGAGAUGGAGCGGACGUGGGCCAAGAAGGCUGAGCAAAUGAGACUGGAAAAGGAGGCUAGAAAACGGCUAAUGAAAGAUGUCCUGGAUACAAGACGACUGCAGAUUGAGGAGAAGUUGGAGAGAAAUGCAAAGCAGCAGGAAAAGCUGGCUCAGGACAAGUUGCUGCUGGCUGAAGCCAUUAAAGAACUCAAUCAUAUUGACGGAGAGAAAUAUUCCAGAAAAAUACAGGAGGCAAAGGAAUACCGGGAGCAGCUUCAGGCUCAAAUUGCCUAUCAGCAGCAGGCCCACCAUGCUGAGGAAGAAGAGAAGCAGCGAGAGUAUGAAUCAGGUCUAGCAGCAGAGCAGGAAUACCAAGAAAAGAUCAAGCACAUUCUGUCCAGAUCCCACCUGAAACUAACAGAAAUCCAUCCCUUGAGAAGAAAGCUAAUGACUGACCUGCAAGUAUAGCAUCAGCUUGCAUAUCACUCAGCCUAGUGCUCUCUAGACUUCAUUUCAAAGUCUGUAGGAAUGUUUACACUUCAGGGGAACUGAUAUGCCCCUGAUAUAACUUCUGUUACCUCGGAUUUUGGGGUAAGUUAUUUUAAGAGCAAAUCCUAGAAAUAAAAAUAUUUGAAUUC